AUUAUAUUUUUUUUUCCUGAAAGAAAUCAUAUUUUUCAUGAAAAACUGCUACUAUAUGUCCUUGAACAUAAAAAAGUACAUUCUAUGUUAAAAAUCAUUAAGGAAAAGGAAGAGAACAAUCAAUUUUACUGUUACUAUUUUCACACAAUCAAAUAUUUCAUUAUAUACAACCUUAUUAUUGACUUUCCUUUUGCAGAACUAGUCUUAUAGAACAUAACGAAAUAGGAGAUGCCUUUCGUCACCUUCAGAUGAAGCCCAAAAUUUUCCAUUCCUAUGUUAUAUCUCCUGUUUGCCUGUACGACAUUAUAAAGCCAUAUUUUACUUUAAAAUUCCCGUAGUGAUGAACAUUUUUGAAUUGAUUUCUAUUUGUUGUGCUAUUAUUCGCCACGCUAAAAUGAACAUUCUUAACCGGAAUGUCAUUCCAAGCAAAACCAGGGAAGUACAGAGGUCAGGGUGUCUACUUUGACCAGUGCUCGUUAACAUUAUCGGGGGAGGGGGUGUUCUAACGUAGGUGAUACUGCAAAAAGGAAAUAGCCUGUAAGCCUACAGAAAAUUAUGGGCAGCAUUAUUUUAUGAGUGUAAACUUAAAAGUGCCUAGGAACAGUGGGAAAGAUGACGAGUUUUAACAGAAGACGCUGGCUAUGUGGCUGGAUAUAAGACAAACAUACACAGUCAAUCGUUUUUCUCCUUGCUGGUAAGAAUUUACUACACGUUGAUGAAAAAGGAAGCACUCUACUUUACAUCAAUGGUGAAAACCGCCGUGGAGUGAAAUCGGCAAGCAAUGUGCAGGACUUAGGGGAAGUCAGUGAUAACAUCAUCCUGAAGAACAUAAAGUGAUUCUAAAACACAGGCUCUCAUGCCAUGUUCUUGGUUGGAAGACAUGAUAGCGAAAUAAAUUUCGGCUUCAAAUUUUAUUUUUCAGAAACGAUGCCUUACUUUCCCGAAAUGAAAGAUGGCAAGUGUUUCUUUCCGUUCCGCUAUAAGGACAACAUGUACUACGACUGUAUCAAGUUCAAGGCCAAGCACAAGUGGUGCUCCGUGACGGAGAACUUUGAAGGCUACUGGAAGUACUGCUCCGAGAAAGACUUCGCAAAAUGCGUGUUUCCCUUCUGGUUCAGACGCACCAUCUACUGGGGAUGUACAGAUGACUCGGAAGCAUUUGGGAAACGAUGGUGCUCACUGACCCGGAAUUUCAACAAAGAGAAGGUCUGGAAGUAUUGCGAUGACAUGUACUUGCCUCAACACUGAAGGGGUGCACGGACCCUCAGGGGAGCGAACCUACAGCGUUUGCUGGGGAGGGGAGGGGAGGCAGGACGCUCCCUGAGAUGCGAUUUGAAGGGGAUCCAGCUGGUGGAAAUGAGAAGAAGUGAUGGAUGUUACUUCCUGGCCUGGCCAAACAUAGGUUUUCCUCCAAAGUCUUCCAGACUCUCUUGGUCUUUGUCUAUCAGCAAAGAAUCCACAGAGCAUUCUGAAGUCCUUGGGGAUGGUCGUCCCCAAGAUAAAAGAAGCUGGAUCCCUGCCAACUAGAUGCACCCUCAUUGGAUUUCAUAGGAGCAAGAAAUAAAAUGCUCUUGGGUG